AUAAAUAUAAAAAACUGAACUUCAAAACAUAAUAUUAUUAAAAAUCGUGUUGAAGACAACAAAUCACAACAAAAUGAAGACUUUUGCAGUUUGCUUCCUUCUCGCCGCGUUCGUUGCCUUCGUCCACGGUGUUCCCAGUGAAGCUGACCAGGAGGAGGGAAUCGUUGUACUCCCACAAUUCGUGGCACAGCCAGGUCCAGAAGUAAUGGCAGAUGUCCCAGAAGUGUCACCUCGCUCCUGUGUCCAGAGCUCCUGCAACGCGCGCUGCAGAGCAAUGGGCUACCGAUUUGGCAGCUGCAGUGGAACUAGAUGCAACUGUUUCAUUUAGUCAUCGGGAUUUGUCAUAAGGGAGUUUUAAGCAUUUUUUUACAUUAAAAUUUUUCGUCAUUUAAAUUGGUGAAAUAAUCUUUAUAAUUGCAAAGUUCAUUUUCAAAAUAUUAUGUAAAUAACAUUUAGAAUUA